AAAACUACUCCAAACCCAGCGAAGAGAACAGCUCCAAACCCAGAAAGAAAAUAGAAGCUGAAGCUGAAUUAGAAAACCUACCAGUGAACAGCUUCAAAAUGUUCAAAGAGAACUGCUGGAGAACAACUCCAAAACGGCGAAGAGAACAAUAUGAAAUUCCAAAAAGAGCUCUUCGACAUUUUGGAGCCUCUCUCUGA